CAACAUUCUGUCUCACUCUUUCUCCUUUGGGAAUCGCAAAGGCAAAGGCAGAAGCGGUCGACUGCUUCUCUGUCUCUCUCCAUCUUUCGCAAGAAGCUGCUUUGUCUUAAAUUGAUCAAUGGAAGUCCUCAGAAUCUAAAGCAUUUCUCAAAGAAGCAAAAGAGAUUUCCCCCUUUUUUUUGGCCUUUGUUGUUAAAACGGCACAGCGUUUUGGAUCGUCUAAUAGAGAGAUUGGGGAAUUUCUCAAGUCUUAGGGCAUAUGGCAGACUCAUCGAAGGAAGAGCUGUUGCAGCUGAUCAAGCGGUUCGGCGCUUACAUAACCGUCAAGAUGUCUAAUCUCUUCUCGAUCUCUUUCCAUAACCUGGAUUCUCGAUCUGUUGGGGCUAUUGCAGGCCUUGCAGUUGCCAUAGUCUUUACAUGGAGGCUCUUGAGGUCACCUGGUGGACCUCAACAAAGGCGACCAAAACGACAAGCUCCUACAACUAGUAGCUCUGUUGUCGGUACUCAAUCAAAUUCAACAUUGAUACCAUCUGGAGUUCGUUCUUCAUCAGAGGAUUUGAGAGCACAAAAUGUUGUUGAUGAAUUCUUUCAACCAGUAAAACCAACUUUGGGACAGAUAGUUAGACAGAAAUUAAGUGAAGGAAGAAAGGUAACAUGCCGCUUACUUGGAGUAAUCCUUGAAGAAAGUGUUCCAGAGGAGCUUCAGAAACAAGCUACUGUGAGGUCCUCCGUGCUGGAAGUGCUAUUGGAGAUAACCAAAUUUUGUGAUCUUUAUCUCAUGGAAAGAGUUCUUGAUGAUGAGAGUGAACAAAAGGUUCUUGCAGCAUUGGAAAAUGCAGGGUUUUUUACAUCUGGUGGUCUUGUCAAAGACAAGGUUCUCUUUUGUAGCACGGAAAAUGGACGAUCAUCUUUUGUCCGGCAACUAGAACCAGACUGGCAUAUUGACACUAAUCCUGAAAUUGUUUCUCAGUUAGCCGUAAAUAUUAACAUCCAACAGGUUUAUCAAGUAUCAGCUUCAUGUUUCUCCCAUUAGACCUGAACGAACUGCAGCAAAUGUGUUCAGCUCUCCGUCAUUGGAACAGUUCUUUGGAUGCAUGUGAUGCCUCACUAGUAAAAGAAUAGAUUGUUCUUUAUGUUCAAACUGAUUACAGCUCAAUGUUGUCUAGAUAACCCUAUGCAGUUGUUGAUUUUCCAAUGAGAAGUGGCCACAAAUUAUAUUAUUUUGUUUGAAUUUUGUGCAUUAGAUUUGGUUAAUUUGAACUCUUCUUCGGUUGGAAAUUUCACCGCAAGCGCAAGGAUCGACUGUAUGUAACUUGUGUCUGUUACAGGAUUUGUAGUCAUUAACAAUAAUUCUGUUGUUCCUAUUUGCAGAGUUCAAAUAGUAUUAUGUCCCAUGACUUGUGGGAUCUUUCUUGUUUGAGGUCA